UCGCGCCGCACGCGUGACUUUGGUGCACGCCUCUCUUUCGCGCGAUCGGGGACGCACGAGGAGCAACGUCAGGAUCGCGGCUGGGUAUAACACUGGGAUAGGACCGGCUUCUGUUCAACAGCCACGCUGAAGAGGACGAUAACUCGGAAGGAAGAAAGCUUGAGGCGAAUUAUCUCCCAGAUCUUGGUAGCAGUUGACAUGUAUAUGACAUAGUGAUCUGCACGUUUGAAAAUCGCGAUGUGGAGACCUAACAGAUUUAUUAGUAUGCUACCAGCCCUCUGGCCAUUAAUAGUGUUUAGUUUUCUAGCCAAUGUUUCAGCACAAACGACGAGCUGCAAUGGCGGCCAAGGUAGGGUGGUUUACGAAAGACUUCCAGAUCAACAGCUUCAGGGUUUCGACGAAGAAAUGGUGCGAGACUCGGCACCUCCGUUUAGGGUUCUGGAAAAGUGUCAAGAGCUGUGUCUGUACGACAGAGCGACGAACAAUCUGGUCCGCGCGUGCACGAGCUUUGACUUUCAACCCGGCAACAGAAUUGCGUCCUUCAGCGGCGCCGCCGAGUACGAAGAGAGUACUUGCUAUUUAACGAGGGAACAGGCGACGCCGGAGGGCAUCGGAAAUCUUAUACUCGUCCCGAAUAGCGUGCACUUCGCUGAAGUGUGCCUGGCGUCUAACAGAAUAGAAAGGGAAUGUGCAAAUCGUCGCUACGUGUUUGAGAGGCAUCCGAGAAAGAAGUUGAAGUUAUCCCUAACAGACAUUAAAGAAGUCAGCGCGGCUAACAGAACCGACUGCGAAGACAGGUGUCUGAACGAGUACAGUUUCGUCUGCCGAUCGGCGACAUACGACACCGCCCUGAGAAGCUGUUCUCUCAGUCGUUUUACCAGAAGAACGCAUCCCGAAUUACUAGAGGACGAUCCAAACUCUGAUUAUUUGGAAAAUACCUGCCUCAAUGCCGAACGACGAUGCGAUGGGCUCAUGGUGUUCGUCAAGGAGGAAAACAAACGUUUACGCGGCCCGUUCGAAGUGGAUAUAUACACGAAUCUAACUUUGGACGAAUGUCAAGCGCUAUGCCUCAGAGCGGAAAAGUACUUCUGUCGCAGCGUCGAGUUUGACGAGCAAACUCGACAAUGUGUCAUAUCCGAAGAGGAUUCUGUUUCGCAAAAGGACGAUAUUGGAAUCAGCAGUAGUCCCACUCACCACUUCUACGAUUUAGUUUGCCUAGAUAAUCAUCCGUCCGUAGCGCGCGGCUCGGAAUAUCCGGACAGCAGCGGCUCGACGUCGCACCUGUUCUCCGACGGCCGGCGACCGGACACGGCUUUCCAGCGUUAUCGUACUUCACGUCUGAGCGGCGAUUUUCACUCGGAGAUCACCGGGCGCAGCCUAAGCGAGUGCCUGGACGACUGUCUCCGGCAGACGAGCUUUCAGUGCCGCAGCGCCGUCUACUCCGAACAUUAUAAUAUCUGCCGAUUGAGUCGAUUCAAUCAGCGGGACGGCCACAGGAUUAUCUACGACGCUGAUUAUGAUUAUUACGAGAAUCUCAUGCAUCAAUAUCUAGACGGCGAUCGCGAAGGUCCUGGCUACAGACCGGAUCCCUUGGGACAGGACACAAACUUUGGACGACCCUCUCUAGGAAGGCCUGGUUAUCCGGACGAUUACGACAAAGGAUACCCCAACAGCGUCAAGCCGGAUCGCUAUCCCGAUCGCUUCCCAGAUCGCAUUCCAGACCGUAUUCCGGACCGUUAUCCCGACCGUUAUCCAGAUCGCUAUCCCGACCGCUAUCCAGAUCGAUACCCCGAUCGGCGGCCUAUGGACGACAGAUAUCCGGAUACCAGAUAUCCUGGAAUGUACCCUUUGGGCGAAUCGGAUAAUUACCCAGACAAUUAUCCGGAUCGGUAUCCUCCUGGCGAUCGAUAUCACGAUAAAUACCCCGCCGGCGAUCGUUAUCCCGCGGGAAAUCGUUAUCCCACGGAAGAUCGUUAUCCCGCGGGAGAUCGUUAUCCCGCGGGAGAUCGUUAUCCCGCGGGAGAUCGUUAUCCCGCGGGAGAUCGUUAUCCCGCGGGAGAUCGUUAUCCCGUGGGAGAUCGUUAUCCCGCGGGAGAUCGUUAUCCCACUGGAGAUCGUUAUCCAGUUGGAGACCGUUAUCCAAUUUCUGAUCGAUACCCUGUUAGAGGGGGGGAUCGUCACCGAGAUCCAGCCGGCAGUGAUAGAUAUCCUAUUUCCAGUACCGGAACCGUAGACAGAUAUCCUACGAACGGCCGAUAUCCUGUAAUACACGGUGUCCGAUAUCCGUUUACUCCAAGCCGAUAUCCUGCUGACGUCAAUGACCGAUACCCUAAUGCGAUCGACAGGUAUCCUUACCCCGAAGAUCCGAUGGAUCGAUAUCCCACGGGAUUAAGUGGUGACAGAGCUCCUAUCGAUCGAUAUCCAGCCACUGGCAGAUAUCCUGAUCCUAAAGAUCCUUACGUCAAUCGCAGGUAUCCGCCAAUGCAUGGAUUGUAUUCUCACGGAUUCGUGGACGACGUUCGCGGUCCCCCGAGCCAUCCCGAACCGCGACCUCACGGCUAUGGCAAUGGGCCUUACGGCUCGGUGCGGCCCGUCGGAGGAUACGGAGGAUACGGAGGAUACGGCAGUGACGGCGGCGGCGGCGGCGGCGGCGGCGGCGGCGGCGUCGUGGGUGGCGGAUACAUAGGUGAAGGUGGUGUCUACAACUCCCGUCCGUUCGGUACCGCCGGCGGACCAAUCAUAGGCAGACCCCCGUUAUUAUCCAGAUGCGACGAGCAAGACAAUUUUAGACAGGUCGGACCUCACACCAGAGUACGGAAGCCAUUCGUCAGACGGCUCACCACCGCCUCGUCGUUGGCGCAGUGCGAGAGAGAAUGUUCUGACGCCAGAGACUUCGUUUGCAGAUCCUUCAAUUACCGGCCAUACGCCGCGCCUUACGGGGCCGAGAGGGACAACUGCGAACUCAGCGAUCGGGACUCCAGGGACAUGGAGAUGGGCAGUCCGGUUUAUUACGACUCGAGCUCCGAUUACGACUUCUACGAGAGGAACAACGGUCGCCAAGGCGCGGACGGGGAAUGUCUGGACGUGAGUCAAGUCUGUAGCGAGGACGGGAUGGAAUUUACUCUGCGAACGCCGGAGGGAUUUAUCGGGCGAAUUUACACGUACGGAUACUACGAUCGGUGCUUCUUCCGUGGAAACGGCGGCACCGUCAACGUACUUCGCAUCAGCGGACCUCAGGGAUACCCCGAGUGUGGCACACAGCGAUACGGCGAUACGAUGACAAACAUCGUGGUGGUGCAAUUUUCGGACUACGUGCAAACCGAGCGAGACAAGCGAUUCAACUUGACAUGCCUGUUUCGAGGACCCGGAGAAGCUGUCGUCACAUCCGACUACAUCGGUGCCGGAUCAGGGUCACCUAUCCCCAUCGAAUAUCUCCCAGCGGAAAACACUCUGAGCUCCAAAGUACUUUUGCAGAUCCUCUAUCAGAAUAGACCUACAACUACCAUCGCAGUCGGUGAUCCGCUCACUUUCAGACUCGUGGCUCAGGAUGGUCACAAUUACGUAAGAGAUAUAUUUGCUACCAACGUCGUCGCAAGAGAUCCUUAUUCUGGUAGAAGUGUUCCACUGAUCGACAGACACGGCUGUCCAGUGGACAACUACGUGUUUCCGGGACUGGAUCGCCUCCGCGACAGCAGCCGUGACGGCCUCGAGGCCCGUUUCAACGCCUUCAAAAUACCCGAAUCGAAUUUCCUGGUAUUUGAAGCGAACGUGCGAACGUGCCGCGAUGGCUGCCAAGCAGCGAUUUGCGGUACCGGCAGGAACAACGAGCCGUCUUACGGUAGACGACGGCGGGACGUAAAUAACGACACGCUGGCGGAUGAGGACGUAAUGUCGUCGAUAACCGUGACAGACGAUGACGCUGACAACGCGACCAUCGUGGACGACGAAGGGCUGAUGGAAUCAAGAAGAAAUCAAGAGGACGAAGAGGUGGAGCGUGUCAGAGAAAUGAUAGAGGUUCGCGAUUCGAGAAUGGAUAUCGAAGAGGAUGCUGUCGCCGAGAGGCAAAUUAAGAUGCCGGAAAAUAUCUGCAUAACGCAGAACGAAUACUACGGAUUGGUGACGGCGGUUGGAAUUCUCGUCGUUCUCUUAGUUUCCGUUGUUCUCUUAUCUAUGCUCGUUUACAGGAAACACGUUUACUCCGUGAUCAUGAAAAAUCGUAGACUCAAUAAAAAUUGCAACCGCAGCGGUCACUCUGAUGAGUCUUACGGCGGCCGAAUGAACAACUUUUCUUUCAUGAGGACCGGUCUUCAGAAGCCAUUUCAGGCUUCCUCAAUCUCAAGAUCGAUGAGCAACGCCAUCAGCCAAAGUCUCGCCUCGUCGUCGAACGCUCUCGAAGGUGCGGUGGGAUUAUCCGCCGGUCGGCGCAACGGCUUCGAUCCCAGCGAGCCGAUCUACACCGAUCCCUCGCUCUUCGAGGUCACCCCGUGCUCGAAUGCCGCGAAAUCAGCCUUGAACGACAACUUUCGCCUUAUGUAGGAAGAAAUAGCGCGAGAUAAUCGAUCUUAAAAUUGCACUUUGGCGAACGAUCCUCGCUUUAUAUUUAUUUACUUUAAUGAACGCAUGGAACCGACUAACGAAUUUAUGGCAAAUCAACAUACAUUACGAUCUAUUCUGUCACUAGUCAAUGUAAUCCACUGCCAAUAAUUCCACCUCUAUCAAACUUUUGAUCAACGGUUCUUUAAAUAAAUUCCGAAUAAUCUAGAUUUAUUUUUAUUAUCUCGUUGAGAGAUAACUUUUUUAAUUUAGAAUACACGUUUAUAUAUAACGUUACUAUUAAUAGCUGAGGAGGCAAAAAUACUAUUUUAUAAAGACAUUUCUUAAAGACAUGUGUUGUUUUUCCCCAAUUAACAUUUUUUAAAUAAUUGCAAAAUAGCUCGUAACAAUAUAGAAAUUUAAGUUUUACAUAAUCGAAAGAUAUAUUUUAAG